GCUUUAGAGACGGAUUAGUUAGUAGCUAGCUGGUCUCCUAAUAAGACGGGACAUUCCAGUUAUCUUCCUCACAUCUCUACGUAGGGGUAAGGCAGUCCCGCUGACCAAACACGUGGUCAAUCAUUUUUAUUCUCUCACUGGAUGAAAAGUAACGCAGAUCUAGCACGGGGGAAGGACAUCUCAUUUCUAAAGCCCAGGACUAGAGUUUAACAGUGUUUUAAAAUGAAGAAGCAGUCGUUUUUUCUCCCCACGUUUUUUCGGAUUUUCUGUAUGCGGCUAUUUGGAUUUGGUUUUCUAUUAUCACUAGUUACAGGUACACAUGCUGAUGAAUGUCCUGCUCAGCUCAACCCACUACUUCAGCUCAACCCACAGAGAGUUGUUGUGGAGUACGGAGGUCCUGUGUCAGUUAACUGUAACACUUCUGUCCAGCAUGAUGGGAUAGGAUGGGAAGCCAGUGAGGAAGGAGUGCCCAUGAGCAAAGACAAUCUGAUCACAUGGAGAGUGUCAAACCUGAGAGAAUGGGACAUAGAACCAUUCUGCUACAUAAACCCUAAAGUUGGUGACCAGUGUUCAUCAUAUCUCCCAGUGACUGUUUACAAGACUCCAGACAGUGUGUCCAUCAGCACUGUGAAUCACAUCGGACCAAUGAUGGAGAGAAACCAGUAUGAGCUUCAGUGUGACGUUCUCAAUGUGGCUCCAGUUCAGAAUCUCACUGUCAAAUGGUACAAAGGACAGACUCUGGUGAAUCAAACCACCUUCAGUGGCACCAUCAAGACUCCAGUGAAUAAAACAGCCACAAUCAUGACCCGUCCAGACAGAUCUGAUGAUGGAGUUCAGUACAGGUGUGAAGCAGAGCUGGAUCUGGGAGAAGAAGGACCUCAACCUCCUCCUAAAUUCACAUCAGAUCCUCUCAGCAUUACUGUACAUUAUAAACCGAUCAUCAAUGAGACCAAACUGCCCUCCAUAGUGCCUAUGUUUCGAGGAUAUUCUGUGGAGAUUGUUUGUGAAGCCGAAGGAAACCCAAAACCAACAAUCAGCUGGAAUAUCAGCACAAAUAAUCCAGUUAAUAGUGAAACUCUCACUAUAACAGAUUCAACACCAGAGGAUCUGUACUGCAUUGCAGACAAUUCUGUUGGCAUCACCAUCAGACAUGUAAAAGUGUCCGUACAAGAUAUUUCCACCAGAGUUGGGGAUCAUAACGGACCAAUGAGAGAGGGCCAGCAGUAUAUACUCCAGUGUGACGUUCACAUUGUGGCUAAGAGUGUUGUUGUGAGAUGGUACAAAGGACAGACUCUGGUGAAUCAAACCAUCUUCAAUAACACCAUCAAGACUCCAGUGGAUAAAACAGUCACACUCAUGAUCCUUCCAGACAGAUCUGAUGAUGGAGUUCAGUACAGGUGUGAAGCAGAGCUGGGAGCAGAAGGACCUUUUCGUACACUCAAAGCAGAUCCUCUCAACAUUACUGUACAUUAUAAACCGACCAUCAAUGAGACCAAACUGCCCUCCAUAGUGUCUGUGUUUCGAGGAUAUUCAGUGGUGCUUGUCUGUGAAGCCGAAGGAAACCCAAAACCAACAAUCAGCUGGAAUAUCGGCACAAAUAAUCCAGUUUAUAAUGAAACUCUCACUAUAACAGAUUCAACACCAGAGGAACUGUCCUGCAUUGCAAACAAUUCUGUUGGCACUGACAUCAGACAUGUAAAAGUGUCCGUACAAGAUAUUUCCAUCAGCCCUGUGAAUCACAUCGGACCAAUGAUGGAGGGAAACCAGUAUGAGCUUCAGUGUGACGUUCUCAAUGUGGCUCCUGUUCAGUAUCUCACUGUCAACUGGUACAAAGGACAGACUCUGGUGAAUCAAACCACCUUCAAUAACACCAUCAAGACUCCAGUGAAUAAAACAGUCACACUCAUGAUCCGUCCAGACAGAUCUGAUGAUGGAGUUCAGUACAGGUGUGAAGCAGAGCUGAAACUGGGAGCAGAAGGACCUCAACCUCCUCAUAAACUCUUAACAGAUCAUCUCAACAUUACUGUAUUUUGUACACAUGCUGCUGAAUGUCCUCUUCAGCUCAACCCACAGAGAGCUGUUGUGAGGUAUGGCGGUUCUGUGGCAGCCGACUGCAAAUCUUCUGUCCAGCAUGAUGGGAUGGGAUGGGAAGCCAGUGAGGAAGGAGUGCCCAUGAGCAAAGACAAUCUGAUCACAUGGAGAGUGUCAAACCUGAGAGAAUGGGACAUAGAACCAUUCUGCUACAUAAACCCUAAAGUUGGUGACCAGUGUUCAUCAUAUCUCCCAGUGACUGUUUACAAGACUCCAGACAGUGUGUCCAUCAGCCCUGUGAAUCACAUCGGACCAAUGAUGGAGAGAAACCAGUAUGAGCUUCAGUGUGACGUUCUCAAUGUGGCUCCAGUUCAGAAUCUCACUGUCAAAUGGUUCAAAGGACAGACUCUGGUGGAUCAAACCACCUUCAGUGGCACCAUCAAGACUCCAGUGAAUAAAACAGCCACAAUCAUGAUCCGUCCAGACAGAUCUGAUGAUGGAGUUCAGUACAGGUGUGAAGCAGAGCUGGAUCUGGGAGCAGAAGGACCUCAACCUCCUCCUAAAGUCACAUCAAAACCUCUCAGUGUUGAAGUUUACUAUAAACCAAAACACUCCAAUUCAACAGAGACCAUCAAUAUAAGCAAAGAGGUUACACUAAACUGUACAGUAAAGGCAAACCCGGCUCCUACGUACACAUGGGACUCAGAACAUCUGAAAGAGAAGAUCACCUCCUCAGUGCUCACGUCCUCCACACUCAGUCCAGGAAACUACACGUGCAUCGCCACAAACUCUCAGGGAAGUGUCAGCAAAGUGUUCAUCGUCAAAUCUACAGGUAGAACUACAUUCUGGGCGAUUGUUAUAAGCGGUGUGGUGGUGGCAGUGGUGUUAAUCGUCGCUUAUGUGAUAUACAAGUGUAAGAGUUCCCCGAAUUCUGUCAUUUGAUGGACUUGCAAGAGAUGACCUCAAAACGGGACCUUCUCCUCAGGGAGAUCAUGGAAAACUUGAUUAUUACGGAUUAUUCUUUAAAUAAUUGACUUGAUUGUGCAUGGCUUGGGGUGUUUCAGUACUGUUACAAAACAGCACUUUUUUUAAAUCACCAAAUUAGAUUUAUUUUUAUUUGUGUUUGUUUACUGAUUAUUCUGGUCCUAAUAGGAUAAAAUGAUGACUUAAUAAUUUUAUAUAACCACUCAUUAAAUAUAACCACUUACUGUGGAAAUCCCAUUACUGUACAACACUAUAUAAAUGAUUUUACCCUUACAUAUGUUGUCAUAUUUUAAUUUUGAGAAGCUAUUAGCUAUCAGUUAUAUUGCUAUGGUCACAUUUUUGGUGUUUAUGUUAAUUAGGCACCGAGUAUAUAUACGGUAUGUAUAAAUAUUUAAGUAAUGGAUGUCAUAUUACAUGCCACACAUGUAAUACUACUACUAAUAAUGUUUAAUUAGUCUGUUUCACAGAAUAUUUUUGUUUAGAAUUGAAUGUUUUUUAAUAUAGCCCCACAAUAUUUUUUUAUACUGAGGUUGGGACAUUCUUUCAUCAAUAGGUUUGUUCAAAUUAAAUGUCUUUUUUCUGUGUAUUUUUUUAAAAAACAUCAUACAUCAUAAAACAUUUGUAUCUUGAAUGCUUUAAAUAUGCUAUAUUUUUUUCAACUAAACCUAACUGUAAUCCUAACCUUAACUAACUGAAAACCGCCAGUUAACUUAUUUAACUUAUAUAACUGCUGGCUAAUGAAUCUAGUUGUUGAGAAUGGAAAGAAUAAAACAACGAUCAAUGAACUGAGAAAAUGAAUGACCAACUUCAAUCACAGAUUGCAACAGAAAAGGAUGUUAAUGUAACUAACUAAUAUUAGGUACUAAUCAAGGGUGUUUUACAUCCCACAUUGUGGGUUCUGGACUUCAUAUAAAUAUUGGUCUAAAGACUGAAAGUUGUAUUAUUAUUCAUUUCCUGUUCUCUUUUCCUCUUAUGUAAUGGCAUGAUGAGUUCAGUGGAAAACAGUGAUGGUAAAUUUCCACUGUAAAAUUGCUCAUAGGUAUGAUACUUCAAAAUGUACGGAUACAACUAAAAUAGUUGAAUUAUGGCAUUACAAUGUUGGUAGCACUUCACAAAAUGGUUGUAUACACUACAGAUAAGUUAAAGCAAAAGACAACAUGACAAUGUUAAAAAGUAUUGCACCUAAACUGUGAAGUGUUAUUAAUAUUUUUUGUAUACUUCAUCACAUCUGAAUGUGCUCAUAAAAUGUUGCAGGACACACAAGUUGUUGUAAACGUCUAUGUUUAUUCCUCUGAAUGUAUACUAGCAUUGUUUUUUUUAUGUUAGUUUUAUUUUUGUGCUUUUGUGUUAUUUUAUUAAUACAGAAACUGUUUGAAAUGUU